CACACACAUUGAAGAUGACCGCCUUGGAGGAGGAACGCACUUGACAGCUUCUCGUCAUCUUGACUCACUGCUUGCCUCAGCCUGGAAGCAUAUUGCGAGCGAGAGCUCCGACGGGGAAACUGAUGCCCGAUUUCAAAGUAGAUAAGGUCACGUGUACUGGCGUUUACUUUAAUUCCGAACGAUGUUGACAUGGCCUCCAUUCGCUAGGGAAUCUUUAGCGAGCUACAAGCCGAAUCGGGAGGAACUUCUUCCCGAACGAAAGUUUAUAUCGAUACCCAUAUCUAUAUACAACACCGUGUGCGUCAGAUCUCAAGAUGAUUAUAUAUAUGUUGAUCAUCUCCGUGGAGAAUUGGAUUCAGCAUUCUCGCAACAAAACUCUUGUUAAUCAAGGUCUUAUAGUCUUUCCGUCCUUUUAUUUCGACAGAUUUCAAAACCCAAUAAUUAACAUACCACAAUCUCACAGCCACGCUAAAGAUUGCAAUGUCUCUGGUACCACUCUUCAUUCAGCCUUUCCGGACACUCCGUCUUCCUCCUCAUGGCUCCUUUGAAUCACAGACUGUAAUUGUCACAGGUGCAAAUACUGGGCUUGGUCUCGAAACGGCACGACAUAUUGUCUCUCUCGGGGCUGCAAAGGUUAUACUUGGCGUACGUACUAUCACGAAAGGCGAUGCCGCAAAAGCAGAUAUUGAAGCAACCGUUGGACGGAAAGGAGUUAUUGAAGUUUGGGAGCUGGAUUUGGAGAGUUUCGAUAGUGUUAAAAGCUUCGCGAGCCGUGCCGCGAAGCUUUCAAGACUCGACACUGCAAUCAUGAAUGCAGGUCUUGCAAGUGCGCAGUGGAAGGUAAGUAAGCAUGGUUGGGAAAGGACGAUCCAAGUCAAUGCCUUGUCUACAAGUCUAUUGUCUCUUCUCCUCUUGCCCAUCAUGGUUAGAACCAAGAGAGCUUUGCCCGGUACUCAACCGCAUUUUGUCAUUCUUGGAAGCGAUGUUCACGCCAUGGCGAAGUUUGAAGAACGAACGGCAGCGAACAGUCUGGAAGCUCUGAACGAUCACGAACUUUGGAAGAAGGCAAUUGAUAAGAAUCCAGCUGAAAGAUACUGGGUCAGCAAGCUCCUGGAUUCUUACUUGACAAUCGAAUUAGCGCAGCUUGUCCCAACUAUCAAUGGAGACCCGGCUGUCAUUGUUGAUGUGGUUGCACCGGGAUUCUGCAAAUCCGAGUUGCUAAGCCGGGAGCCAGGGGUGCCUUUUAUUCUGGUGGUGCUGCAAACUUUGACUGGUAGGACGCUACCAGAGGGAAGUAAAACUGUCGUGGAUGCUGCAGUGAGGGGGAGGGAUGCACAUGGGCAAUAUCUCAACCACCAGAAGAUCACAACUCAGGGCACUUUGGUUACAUCAGAUGAAGGCGUCCGCGUCAGGAAGAAGAUUUGGGGUGAGAUUCUGCAGGUCCUCGAGGCUGUCGCACCAGAGAUUGGUCGGAUUACGAAUGGCGAUCUGUGAGCAGGGCGCAAUUGUUGUGCGUUUUAUGUUUCUUUCUCGGGCGUAAUAAUUGGCUUAUUGAAAUUCAGAGAGCUUUUCUCGUGGCCAUACAAUACCUUAAUAUUAU